UACCUACAGAAGCAUUUGAUUAUGCAUCAAGAAAAGACGUACAAGUGUGAUGUCUGUAAUAAAAAGUUGAGAACAGAACAAAACUUAAUCAAUCACCAAAAGACACACACAGAAGAGAAGCAACUCAGGUGUGAGUUUUGUGAUAAGAUAUUUUUUAAAAUGAGUGUCUUUCAGGUACAUACCCGGAAACACACAGGAGAGAAGCCAUACACGUGUAAUAUCUGUGGUAAAGCGUUUGUACAAUUAGGAAGCCUCAAAAAACAUAUGAGAAUGCAUACAGGAAAGCCACACAAUUGUGAUGUGUGUGGUAAGGGAUUUUCAAGUUUGGGGAAGCUGCAAAAACAUUCCCUCGGGCAUACGGAAAAGACACACACGUGUGAUGUCUGCGGUAAAGAGUUUACACAGAUGAUUAAGCUCCAGAGACAUGCCAUGUUGCAUAUAGAAAAGACGCACAAGUGUGAUAUCUGUGGUAGAAAAUUUAGAACAGCAGAAAACUUAAGUAAUCACCAAAGAACACAUACACGCGAGAAACAACACAGGUGUGAGGUUUGCGGUAAGACUUUUUCUAAAUUAUUCGACCUAAGGGUACAUUUCUUACGACAUACAAGAAAGUCACACAAGUGUGAUGUCUGUGGUAAGGGGUUUUCAAAGCUUCGAAACCUCGAGAAACAUAUGAACGGGCAUACAGGAAAGUCACACAAGUGUGAUGUCUGUGGUAAGGGGUUUUCAAAGCUGGAAAUGCUGCAGAAACAUUCUAACAGGCAUGCAGAAAAGAACACACGUGUUUUGUUGAGUGAGGCUAUUAGUCUGGUGGAAAAGCUAAAUAUAGAUGUUAAAAACCAUACAGAAAAUAAACCUACCUCUGACAUUGAUAACCAGAGUGAUAUUGGUACCGAGAAAAUCAGCCAUUCUGGAAAUAUACUGACACAAACACAACAGAAGCCUUUUAUGUGUGACAUUUGCGGUAAAGGGUUUAACAGGAUGUGUAGCCUUAAAUACCAUAUGAAGGCACAUAGUGGAGUGAAGGACUUUAGAUGUGAUCACUGUGAUGGGGCAUUUAGCCAUAGAUACCUGCUGAAAAAUCACAUCAUUCGGAUCCAUACGAAAGAGAAAACACACAUGUGCUACAUCUGUGGUCAACUGUUUUUUCUGAAAUAUGAUCUAGCGCAUCACCUCAGGGUCAAACAUGCUGUAGGAAAGACGUACAGGUGCGACAUUUGUAAAAGGGGGUUUUCUAGAGAAGAAAGCUUACAGCUGCAUCGGAAGACACAUACAAGAGAACAUCCUUACCAGUGUGAUAUCUGUGGUAAGAAAUGUGCUUCGGCAAAUGACUUAAAGGAUCACCUGAGGACGCAUCAAGAAGAGAAGGCUUACAAUUCUGAUGUGGGGGAGCCACACAAGUGUGCUGUUUGUGGUAAGACAUUUUCAUACACUUCAAGCCUAAGGAUACACUCUCGGAUUCAUACAGAAGAGAAGACACAUGAAUGUAAGGUGUGUGGUAAGAAGUUUGGAUGUUUGAUUUACCUACAUAAACAUGGUACCGUUCAUACAGAAAAAACACACAAGUGUGAUGUCUGUGGCAAGAUGUUUAAACAGCUACAACACCUACAGAAACAUCUAAUAACUCAUCAAGAAAAGGUGUACAAAUGUGAUGUCUGUAAAAAAAGGUUUAGAACAGCUCAAAAUUUAAGUGAUCAUCAAAAGACACAUACAGAGGAGAAUCAACUGAGGUGUGAUGUUUGUGGUAAGACAUGUUUAAACAUGAGUGUCUUUCAGAGCCACAACCGUAUACAUACAGGAGAGAGGCCUCACAGGUGUAAUGUCUGUGGUAAGGUAUUCGCACAGUUGGGAAACCUCAACCAGCACAUGAAAGUGCAUACAGAAAAGUCACACAAUUGUGAUGUGUGUGGUAAGGCGUUUAGGCUGUUGAGACGGCUACAUAGACAUGCUAAAGUCCAUACCGAAAGUACUCACGCCCUUAUCGCGAACAUCAAAAGUGAUAAAAGUACCGAUAAAUUAAGUCAAAACAUACCGACACAAGCACAACAGAAGCCUUUCAUGUGUGAAAUUUGUGGUAAAGGGUUAAAUACGAAAUAUAGUUUAAAUUGUCACUUGAAGAUACAUAGUGGUGAAAUGGACUUUAAAUGUGAUCACUGUGACGAGGCAUUUAGUUAUAGAUGCGAGCUGAAAAAUCACAUCAUUCGGAUACAUACGAAAGAGAAAAAACACAUGUGCUACAUCUGUGGUCAAAUGUUUUUUAUGAAAAAUUAUCUAGCGCAUCACCUCAGGGUCAAACAUGCUGUAGGAAAGACGUACAGGUGCGACAUUUGUAAAAUGGGGUUUUCUAGUGAAGAAAGCUUACAGCUGCAUCGGAAGACACAUACAAGAGAACAUCCUUACCAGUGUGAUAUAUGUGGCAAGAAAUGUUCUUCGUCAAGUCACCUAAAGGAUCACCUGAGGACGCAUCAAGAAGAGAAGGCUAACAAUUCUGAUGUGGGGGAGCCACACAAGUGUGCUGUUUGUGGUAAGACGUUUCCAUACACUUCAAGCCUAAGGAUCCACUCUCGGAUUCAUACAGAAGAGAAGACACAUGAAUGUAAGGUGUGUGGUAAGAAGUUUGGAUGUUUGAGUCAUCUACAGAGACAUGGCAUCGUCCAUACAGAAAAAACACACAAGUGUGAUGUCUGUGGCAAGAUGUUUAAACAUUUAAAGUACCUACAGAAACAUCUAAUGAUUCAUCAAGAAAAUGUGUACAAAUGUGAUGUCUGUAACAAAAGGUUUAGAACAGCUCAAAAUUUAAGUGAUCAUCAAAGAACACAUAAACUGAGGUGUGAUGUUUGUAGUAAGACAUUUUUUAACAUGAGUACCCUUCAGAUACACACCCGGAUACAUACAGGAGAGAGGCCACACAGGUGUAAUGUCUGUGAUAAGGCGUUUGCACUCUCAGGAAACCUCAAAAGACAUAUGAAAGUGCAUACAGAAAAGUCACACAAUUGUGAUGUGUGUGGUAAGGCGUUUAGGCUGUUGAGACGGCUACAUAGACAUGCUAAAGUCCAUACCGAAAGUACUCACGCCUUUAUCGCGAACAUCAAAAGUGAUAAAAGUACCGAUAAAUUAAGUCAAAACAUACCGACACAAGCACAACAGAAGCCUUUCAUGUGUGAAAUUUGUGGUAAAGGGUUAAAUACGAAAUAUAGUUUAAAUUGUCACUUGAAGAUACAUAGUGGUGAAAUGGACUUUAAAUGUGAUCACUGUGACGAGGCAUUUAGUUAUAGAUGCGAGCUGAAAAAUCACAUCAUUCGGAUACAUACGAAAGAGAAAACACACAUGUGCUACAUCUGUGGUCAAAUGUUUUUUAUGAAAAAGUAUCUAGCGCAUCACCUCAGGGUCAAACAUGCUGUAGGAAAGACGUACAGGUGCGACAUUUGUAAAAUGGGGUUUUCUAGUGAAGAAAGCUUACAGCUGCAUCGGAAGACACAUACAAGAGAACAUCCUUACCAGUGUGAUAUAUGUGGCAAGAAAUGUUCUUCGUCAAGUCACCUAAAGGAUCACCUGAGGACGCAUCAAGAAGAGAAGGCUAACAAUUCUGAUGUGGGGGAGCCACACAAGUGUGCUAGGAAAACGAGGCCAUAUGACAAUCAUAGACCAUUAAGAUUCCAACUUACUAAAAAACGGCAAUGGCGUGGUAGUCGUUUGGUAAAACUAUAG